AUGAAAACCCUCUCUCCUCCCGCAGAGAGCGCUACGGGACGCACAUCUUGGACGCCGCCUAACGCCGGCAUGCCAGGCGCUAGACCGACGCAUCCUCAAGGUCAAGCUCGCAUGAGUCUGCCGCCCAUGCAAGGGCCUCCCUCCAUGAGAGGCCCAUCCGGAUUGGGUGGUCCUCCGACCACCGGUACGCCGCUUGGGGCUCCUCCCGGCCCCGGUGGUCCCCCGACCUCACCAGGCGGUGGCGCUGGCGCAGCGGCAGUGCCUGGCGCAUCCAGACGAAGAGCAUACCCCACUGCCCACCUAGCAGCUAACAGCGUUUCCUUCUCGGGUGGAUUCGACCCGGGUGCGGGAGGCGGUGCUGGCUAUCCCGGUCACAUCCCUCAGGACACUCAGCAGUCUCAACUUUUCACGCCUGGCGCUCCUGAGCCUCAAGCGCAGCUGCCUGGAGCAAGCCCUGGCGUCCCUUCGACGGCUUCUCCUUAUGGCCAGCCUGCUGCUUACCCCGGCCAACAGGCACCCAAUGGUCAUGCGCAGCAGCCCUAUCCAGGUCAGCAAGGAGUGUCCGGGCUCGCCAACCAAUUCCAACACAUGGGCAUCGGCAGCCAGGUCGGAGCUAGAGGGGUAAGUCAACGGUCAUUCUGCGCAGCAUACGCGCACCAGUGCUCGCUGACUCGUGCAACCCUGCGCAGAAUCCGCUGCUCACUGUAAAUUUGUCAGGCGUGAAUCCGGUCGUCACCGACCUGAACAGACCCCCGCCAGACAUCAAGCUGCCGCCGGGGGCCAGCGUCUCGCAGAAUCCCCUGGCAAACGCGGAUCCAUCGUACCAGCGAUGCACACUGAACGCGGUGCCAACCACAUCGGCGCUCCUGAACAAGUCCAAGAUUCCUUUUGGAUUGGUCUUGUCCCCCUACAGAUCUGUCAGGGAAGCAGAUGGAGAUCAGCCUGUGCCAGUGGUUAGCGACACUGUUAUUGCGCGUUGCAGACGCUGCCGCACCUACAUCAACCCCUACGUGACGUUCAUCGAGGGCGGCAACCGGUGGAAAUGCUGCAUGUGCAACAUCUCCAACGAGGUGCCUAACCUUUUCGACUGGGAUCAGGAAACCAAUCAGCCUGCUGACAGAUACCAGCGCCCAGAGCUCAACCACUCCGUUGUCGAGUUCAUCGCCCCCCGAGAAUACAUGGUGAGUGCCUAAUCGAGUAAGGUCCCUUUUGGAUGCGCAUACAGCCCGUCUGACACACGAUGCGCUCCUACGGCAAACCCUUCGCAGGUUCGACCGCCACAGCCUCCUGUCUACGUCUUCUUAAUUGACGUCAGUCAAGUUGGCGUGAAUAGCGGAAUGGUAUCCGUAGCUGCAAAGACCAUCCUCGAGACGUUGGAUCGCUUGCCCAAUGACGACAACCGGGCAAAGAUCUCCAUCAUCGCUGUCGACACUGCCUUGCACUUUUUCUGCUUACCAGUGAGCCAGACUGAGCCGGAGAUGCUCGUUGUGAGCGACCUGGACGACGUGUUCCUGCCCAAGCCCAACGACAUACUGGUCAAUCUGACAGAGUGCAGAGCUGGCGUCGAAGCUCUUUUGCAAAGAUUACCCGACAUGUUCAAAGAUACGCUUGUUCAUGGAUCCGCCCUCGGCGCGAGCUUGCAAGCCGCGUACAAGCUCGUUUCGGCAAUCGGAGGAAAGAUCAUGGUACUGACAGCCAGCUUGCCUACUGUCGGGCCUGGCGCACUAAAGAACAGAGAAGACAUCAAGCUGCUCGGCACCUCGAAGGAAAGCACCUUGCUCAAUGCUGCUUCCACCUUUUACAAGACCUUCCCAAUCGACUGCUCUAGGUCUCAAGUCAGCGUCGACAUGUUCCUCUUUGCUCAGAGCUACACCGACGUGGCCACGCUCGCGUGCCUGCCUCGCUACACUGGAGGUCAAACGUACUUUUAUCCCGCUUUCCAUGCUGGAAGAGCCGAAGAUGCAGCCAAAUUUGCUCACGAGUUCGGAGAGGUCUUGGCCAGCCCCAUCUCUUUCGAAGCUGUCCUGCGACUCCGCGCAACCAAGGGAGUCAGAGCUGUUGGUUUCCAUGGCAACUUUUUCGUUCGCUCUACGGACUUACUCGCCCUGCCGGCUGUCCCAUUGGACCAGAGCUACGCCAUCGAAUGCGAAAUCGAAGAGACGAUCAAUGCGCCGUUCAUUGUCUUGCAGAGCGUCGUCCUGCACAGUACCAGCUACGGCGAAAGACGCAUCCGAGUGGUCAACUUGGCGCUACCGACUACUACAAGCUUGUCGGAAGUAUACGCUGGCGUGGAUCAAGUAGCAGUGGCCGUGCUGCUGGCAAACAAGGCAGUGGAGCGCAGCAUCCACCACAGACUUGAAGAUGCGAGAGACGCUUUGACGAACAAGAUGGUGGAUAUUCUGCAGACCUACAAGGCGACGAUGACGAGUGCUGGAUCGGGCGCUAGUCCUCAACUGGCCAUCGCGUCCAAUAUGGCCCUACUGCCCUUGCUCAUUCUUUCCCUCUUGAAACACGUCGGAAUCAGGGCCAGUUCUCAGAUUCCUUCCGAUCUGAGAGCGUAUGCGCAAGCUCUGCUCACGACGCUACCGGCUCAGCUUUUGAUCCCGUACCUACAUCCAGACUUUUACUGCUUGCACAACAUGCCACCUGAAGCGGGCACGACUAGGUCGGAAGAUGGCAGGGAAGCAGUCAUCUUCCCCGCCAAGCUCAACCUUUCCUCGGAAAGGCUCGAGAGGCAUGGGCUGUACAUGAUCGAUGCUGGGCCGGAAGGUGUUAUGCUUUGGCUCGGAAGAGAUGCUGUGCCGCAGCUCUGUAUCGAUGUGUUCGGAGCGGAGAAUUAUCAGUCGGUUCGAGGUGGAAAGGUGAGUCGGCAAGAUGCCCUCGGCCUGAUCCUGGCACCUCUAACACGCCUCUUCUCAUGCUUGAAAGACGACACUGCCGGUGCUAGAAAACGCAAUGAACAAGCGCGUGCGGACAUUGGUGGAUCGUGUCAGGGUAUCGCGCAGAGGACCUUACUUGCCGCACGUCUUUAUCGUCAAGGAAGAUGGAGAGCCGGCUCUGAGACUCUACGCCCUUUCCAUGCUGGUGCAGGACAGAUUUGAACAGAGCCCGAGCUAUGUUCAGUGGCUCGGCACGCUCCGGGACAAGGUGAAUGGCGCAUCUUAG